AUGCGCCUCUGGUCCGUCUCCCCUUCCAUCCUCGACCGCGCCGCCCUCAUCGCAUGCUGGCGCGAAGCUCUACUGGCGCAAAAAGUCCUGGCCGGCCUUACGAAAGGAUACACGAAACAUCCACAACUAGUCCGCUUUCGUGCGUCUGACGACCCGAUGGCCGCAAUCGGUUUCUUCCUCGGCGAACUGCAGCGCGAAGCCACUGCGCGCGGGUAUAUGUUCAACGCGGCUCUGAUUACGCAUCCUUCCUCCCUGUCCCCGAGGAUACCCGUCACCGAGGGACAGGCUUCAUACGAGCUCGACUGGCUCAGGACGAAGGUUCGGAAGCGCGACCCCGCGUGGAUCAAGGUCAUCGAGGACGCGGCAGAUAGGGUCGCGAGGACGUUCGUCGUCGUCCCCGGUGAGGUAGAGGAGUGGGAGAAGGUUCAGGUCAAGUCCGAGGAGGGCAAGAGGGAGAAGGUUGAGGUCAAGUCCGAGAAGGGCAAGAGGGAGAUUAAGGCGGCGAACAAGAUCCAAAGGCUCAAGGCGGCUCGAUUGACGCCUGGAACCCGCCGGUCAGCGCGGCUGGCUGGCGCAGGGUAG